AUGCGGUCGGGUAGCUGCGAUGGGGAGGUCUCUACGAAAAUGGGUGACCGUGAGCUCGCCGCAGAGUUGCGGAAACUUUGCGAUGUUCUCAGCGGCUCUGUGAGGGGUGCAAUGGACAAAGACAACUGGAAGGAACGACUUGCCGCGUUGAGGGGACUUUCCAAACUUGCCCGAGGCGACAUAUCCAACUGUCAUGGAUUUCUUUCGCUGAUGAGCAUGUAUGUGAAGGUUCCACUGCAACGUCACAUUGAAGAACUGCGGACUGUGCUGAGCACGGAAGCAUGUUACGUGGUGUCUGCGUUUGCACAACACUCAAGCAACCGUUCCGCGUGGCGAGUUGCGACCGAGUGGUUUGUUUCAUCCUUGCUACAACUGACGACGCGUACCAACCGUAGUUCCCUCUUGGCCGCAAUAGAGACGUUGGAGACGCUUGCAAGGAGGAAGAGUUUUGGGCCGGCAGCAUUUGCGGAACUGCUCCGCGGCUGCACUGCCCGCCACGCGGCAACACGGCGGAAUGCCUUUGGUGUACUUCAAGUGAUCAUCAAGCAAGGCCAGAACGAUGACAAUGAGGCUCAUCUUUCAAAUUUCAUCGAUGCGAUCUGCAGGGUGCUGCGCUCUGGAUUGGCGGACGCGGAUCACGAGACGCGAAGACGCGCCCGAGUGUGUUUUUGGAUUUUAAAUGCGAACGAGCCAGAGGCGGCGGAGACGCUCUACAAGGGUCUGGAGAACUCUGUGAGGCGUUCAUUAGACCGCAAAAUGAGUCCGUCCAUCCAGAAGAAAAAGGAGACCGCAGGUUCCGCCGUCACACAAGUUUUGGCAACGAAAAAGAAGGCGGCGAAAAAUGAGGAGGCGGAGGCCGUAAAGGAAUCGCCAUUGCCGCCGCAAACAUCUAUCACCACAACGAAGCGUCACGGCAACAAUCUUGUGAGGAAGUUGGAUGAGGGGAAAAAAGAGGUAGAAGAAAUGGCGGAGAACUGGGCGCUGGUCCAGGAUGCGCUGCGAAGUACGUUGUGGUCCGAGCGUCUAUUGGGACUCCGGCGUCUCUCUGAAGAGUUUUCCCGUUUUCGUCAAAAGGCGGAAUGCGUCAAUUUGUUGAUCCCGCGAUUGAACGAUCCCAACUCUCGCGUGUCGCAAAUGGCGAUUCAGGCGUUAAAUGUGAUCAUGCGUGUCUCGCCCAACAUAUUGAAAGACUGUCUGCCGGAGGUGAUAACCGCUCUUCUUGUCAACAUGAGUGGAAACAAGGAGGUGUUGUCGAGCGCCUCACGGGAGCAUCUUGCCAGGAUCAUUCAGCUUAGUUCAGUGGAUGACGUGGCACGCGCUAUUUAUCGUACACUAGGCGACGUGGUUGCGCCAAAGGUGAAGGUGCACGCUGUGGAAUAUGUCCAAUACCUUUACGAGCAAAAUGCAACGCAUUUUGAACAGGCUUCGCCAAUGCAUCUGGCUUUUCAUCAUCUUUUACAGUGCUUAAAAACCGAGAAAAAAGGCGGUGAUGUCUACAAGGCGACUCUUUCUGCUCUUACGGCGUUGUACGUCUCUGCCGCGAGAAAUUUUCUACGCAUCUUGCUUCAGUUCUCACCGGGUGAACGCGAUGCUAUCGUUGAAGCUUUAGAGACCGCCGUUCCGCACCUGGGACAGGAGUGCCGACGUCGCUUGAUGGGCGAGAGGCCGUUGCAGCAUGCUCCUUUGCACGUUCGCUCCCCAUUUGAAGAGAAACUCAGACGCGUCAGUGACACGCAACCGAAGACUCGUCCAGGGACAAGGAAGCAGAGGAAUGUACGACAGCAAGAAAGAGGCAUCCCUUUUUCUUCUGCUCCUUCUUCCGUCAAAAAGACGAAAUGUUCUGAGAAGGUUCGUAGCGUUUCAUCCAAUCAUGAACAACCAAAUGGCCGGUUAGAAAAAACACGCACGGCAAGUUGUGAUGCAUUGAAUUUGGUACGCUCGCCAACCCUCAAACAAUCUCCUUUCCGUGAUUCACCGCUGAGGACUCAGCGGCCGUCUCAUUGUGAUCCAAUCGCCCCUGUGGAGGCGCCAUUGUCCCGUCAAGUUAAGAGAAAGACUGAUGAUGCCAGCGACCUUCUUGAUCUUUUGGAAGAAGCAUGUGAAAUGGCAGACACCUGCGCUAUUCUAAACCGGAUUCAAAAUAUGAUAGUGGUAAAUCCAAGGCCGUGGCUAGAAGUCUUUGGAAGGCUUUUAGUGCACCUGGAAAGAAUUAUUCCUCAGUCGCAUGAACUCAAUCAUGCUGUGCGGCGUCGUGGCCUUCUCGUUCUGCAAUCCCUAGUUGGGCAGAGAGCUCUUCAGCGACCAAUCAUUCGAUCUUUAAAACAAGUUUUUCUUCUUGUACGCGUUGGAAUGGAUGAUGCCUUUCCUGAAGUGCACGUCGAGGCCACGUCUGUGCUACAAUUAGUUCUCAGUUGUGGUAUUUAUCCCACAGAUCACAUUCUAAACGCCAUCGCCAUGAGUUUAGAGAAUUGGCUGUCUGAUGAAAGUGGGUACUGUAGCAGGGGUUGGCUAACGUUGCUAGAAUCCGUAGAACAUGUUUUCUCUCUAUAUGGACGAACCAUGAUGUUGGUUCAGGAGCCUUUUAAAGAAUAUGCGGUAUCACAGGACUGUUUCGACGUUAAUGUAAGCGAAACUGUAUUUCGUCGUUUGUGUAAUGUGGUUGUUCGGGCUGUGCAGCAUACCGGAUCCGAAGUUCGCCUUACAGCAGUCCUUGUGCUUGUCUCCAUAUGGAUGGGGUUAGACACCGCCGCCCUGCCUUACCUCGUGGGUCUAUCGGCCAGUCAACGCAAGCUUGUUUCGCUCUACUACAACAAGGUCGCGUCUGAACGCAGGACGGGGUUGCACGGCACAGUUCAGCAGCGCGACUUGUCACGUGAAAUGCGUGUCAUGCGGCUACCGGAGGCCGAAUGCUUAUAG